AAAUAAUGAUAAAAGAUUUUCAAAAACCAUAUUUGAAGAAAAUAGUGAUUCUGAAUAUAGUAAUUUAAAAUAUAGUAAUUUAGAAUAUAGUAGUCCAGAACUUUUAAUAUAUGAAUUAGAGAAUAGUAAUGAGGAAAAUUUUAGUAAUGAGAAGAUAGAACUUACCGAAGAAGAAGCUAAACAAUUAAUAUAUAAAAAUAAUGAAAUGUUAGAUUUAGAUAUGAGUAAUUUAGAUAUAGCAAAUAAUAGUUCUAUUUCAAAACAAUUAGAUAUAUUAAAUAAUAGGCUUAAAGAUGUAAAAAAUAUGAAUGCUUAUGAAUAUCUUUAUUUUUUGGCUGCCCUCCUUGGUAUGCUGCCAUUACAUAAAAAAGGAAUAGGUAAAGCUCUUAUAGUUUCAGAAUUUUUAACUGAGACCUGUGGUCACCUUACAAUUACCCUUAUAGAAAUAAGUGAAUUAAAUUUGUCAUCAACAUUUUUACAAAAAGCUCAAUGGAAUGCUUCUGAUUUGCUUAUACUAGUAAAUAAUAAAGCUAUUUCUAUUUUUGAAGCAACUUAUUCAAAUUGUGUUGGUGUUUUUGUGUUUGAUAAUAGCACCAAUCACAAUGCUUUUGCAAGUGAUGCAUUAUGUGUUAAACAUAUGAAUCUUUAUUCUAGUGAUAAAUAG